AUGUUUCUAGCAGGAACUGAAACAGCUUCUACAACAUUAAUUUGGGCAUUUUUAGAACUAAUUAAAAAUCCACGUGUCAUGGAGAAAGCACAACUCGAAGUGAGAGAACGAUUGAAUGGGAAAAAAACAUUUAAUGAUACUGAUUUGGAAGAGUUGAACUACUUGCAAUUCGUUAUCAAAGAAACAUUAAGGCUACACCCUCCGGCUCCUCUAUUAAUCCCAAGGGAAUGUAGAGAGGAAACAAAGAUUGAUGGAUACACAAUACCUGUGAAAACCAAAGUUCUGGUCAAUGCAUGGUCGAUUGGUAGAGAUCCCAAAUAUUGGCAUAAUUCGGAAAGUUUUAUACCUGAGAGAUUUGAGAAUAGUAGUAUUGACUUUAGAGGAAAUCACUUUGAAUUUAUUCCAUUUGGUGCAGGAAGAAGAAUGUGUCCCGGAAUGUUAUUUGGUUUAGUUAAUAUUGCACAUCCUUUAUCCCAAUUACUUUAUCACUUUGAUUGGAAGGUUCCUCAUGGAGUCAAUCCAAAUGAUUUGGACACGAUAGAAACAGAAGGAUUAACAGCCAGGAGAAAGAAUGAUCUUUAUUUAAUUGCUACUCCAUUUGGUCUCUCUAAAUAA